AUGGCAGACCAAGAGAAUGUACCCUUCGUUGCCCAGGAUAUACAAGAAAUCGGAAGCUUUCUCAAAGAUCUAGAGUCACAUGCCAAAAAAUGGGUUGGAGUGUCACGUUCAAAGAAAACGUUCAGUUGCAAGAAGAACGCCUUCAACGUGGAGAACUCUCCUGACAAGCUAGUUGUCGAUUCCUGGCGCUUUCAAGAAUGGGAUUAUAAGCGUGACGAUCUCCCAACAUACGCAAGAGGGCUGUUCACAUAUCACACCAAGGACAACCGCCCAGAGAUUGCUACUCGCGGCUAUGACAAGUUCUUCAACACGGAAGAAGUAGAAGCAACAAAAUGGAGCAACAUUGAGCAAUACACCAAAGGCCCAUAUGAGUUGAGUCUCAAGGAAAACGGAUGCAUCAUCUUCAUCAGCGGCCUGUCCGAUGACUCGCUGCUGGUUUGCAGCAAGCAUUCGACUGGGCCACGUGAGGACUCAAAUCUUAGCCAUGCCAUGGCUGGCGAACGAUGGGUCGACAGGCAGCUCAAGGCCAUAGGGAAGACGAGGCAGGAUCUUUCCCGCGAGUUGAGGAAGAGAAAUGCCACAGCAGUCGCAGAACUAUGUGAUGAUGAUUUCGAAGAGCACAUCCUUGCAUAUCGCGGAGAUUCUGCUGGGUUGUAUCUACAUGGAAUCAAUAUCAAUAUCCCGGAAUUCACAACUUACUCUGGGCCACAAGUCCAACGGUUCGCCAACGACUGGGGAUUCAAGCGUACUGAUUUUCUCGUUUUGGACGAGAUCACUAAAGUCCGAUCAUUCCUCGAAUCGGUGGCAGAGACGGGCUCGUACAAUGGACGAGACGUGGAAGGAUUUGUUAUUCGAUGCAAAUCAAAUUUUAGGUCAAAAGAAUACCAAGAUUGGUUCUUCAAGUAUAAGUUCGAGGAACCAUACUUGAUGUUCAGACAGUGGAGGGAAUGCACCAAGAUGAUGAUCAAUGGAAAACCACCUCUUUUCAAGAAACACGUCAAAAUCACCGAGGAGUAUCUGCUCUUUGCGAGAAAGAAGCUGGCUGAAAACCCAAAGUUGGCAAGAGAGUACAAUAGCAAUCACGGCAUCAUUGAGCUAAGAGUCGAUUUUCUAAAAGAGAAGAAUCUGAAGGGCUCAGACCUCAUCCGUCUGGAAUACUCAAAUGAGGGUGAAGCACCACAAGAUGCCACGAGGAAUAUCAUCCUUGUACCAAUUGCAACUAUCGGGUGCGGAAAGACGACAAUUUCCAUUGCAUUGCAACAUUUGUUCGGUUGGGGCCAUGUGCAGAACGACAACAUCCAAGGAAAAGGCAGACCUCCGAGGUUUACCAAGGAGGUUAUGAGCCAGCUUGAAGACAAGCCGGUUGUGAUCGCCGACAGAAACAACGCACAAAAGCAUGAGAGGAAGCAACUCAUUGGCGACGUGCACCACCAGUACAUAUCUUCGGCACGCUUAGUGGCGUUGAAUUUCGUCCAUGAUAGCGACUCGAUUGAGAAAAUAAGACAAGUCACCAUGGACCGCGUUUUUGCCAGAGGAGACAACCAUCAAACGAUUCAAGCUGCAUCCGACAAAAGCAAAGUGAUGGGAAUAAUGCAGGGUUUCAUCAACCGUUUUGAGCCACUCCGCCUGGACCAAGAUCCCGAUCAUGGUUUUGAUUCUGUUAUCGAUUUAGAUCCAACCUCGGACUCACGUCAAAAUUUGGAGACUGUGAUCGCCCGGUUGAGCGAACUGUACCCGAAGCUAUUCACCAAUAUGCCUACAAGCGACGAUCUGGACGAUGCUAUCGCUUUUGCUUUGAAUGAGUACAAGCCGGAAUUGAAGCAUGAUGUUUCUGGACGUGGGCAGAAGGUAAAGACAAACCAGCAGCCAAGGCAGAAGCCCAAUGUUCCUGCUGCACCUAAAAAGAAGGCCCUUGAAUAUAUUGCGGUCGACAUACCAACCAACCAGAUCCUGGAUGCUCUGGAGAAGACAUUUUCGGCUCAAGAAGAUGCAAAAGCGGCAUUCUUCAGACAGCUCCAAGAGACUCGCCGAGUUCAGCCAAAGUUCCAUGUCACAUUGAUCCACCGCGCCUCAGCUAGGCUGCAACCCGAGAUAUGGGGAAAAUACAAGGCCCUAUUUGAAGAACAUGGAGAUGAAGAAAAGCCGUUGGGAGAUUGCCAAAUCCAAUUAGAACGUGUUGUAUGGAGCCACAGGAUUAUGGCGAUUGUUGUCCGGCUUGUCACUGAAGGUUGGGAGUGUGUCAACACGGUUCCGCAUAUCACAGUAGGAACAAGGCUGGAUAAUGUCAAGCCCAAGGAGAGCAAUGAUCUCUUACAGCAAUGGCUCCAGGAUGGAAGUGGCGAACAGACUGGGAUUUUUGAGGCGGUUAUACAAGGAGUUACGGUUGAUGGCACGGUAUAUGCGGUUCUGCAGAAGCAUUGA